AUGGCGCUGUUUGAAGCCCUUUCGACUCGUCGGGCAACCGGCUCUGCGGCUGACCGCCUGGUAGCUGGCUUCCUCAUGCAGCACGGAGUGCAUGGCAAGGAACUUGAAACGUUCAGGCAACUACUCGAUCGGAACCUCGUCGCUGGCUUUCGCUCACGGACACUGGAAAGUGUACCAUGGCCCUCCAUCUCACCAGCGCAUUACUCCCCGCCUUUCUCUACCCAUCCCAACGCUACGGAAGACGCUCCGGCCGCUGCCUCCAGUGCAAGCUACCCAUGGACGAAUCCCAAUCGCAGCUGGGACAUUAGCGUUGCGCUCGGGUUACCGCUGAAGCUGCCAUACGAGGUGGAAGGCAAACUGGCAUCAAGAAAGUACGAUGGUGUGCGUGUUGUUGCCAUCAUCGACCUUGUGGGAGAUGACGUUGUCUCGGUGCGCUUCCUUUCGCGACAAGGAAACGAGUUCACAUCCCUCGCCCGUCUGGAGGAAGUUCUCCGGAAUCUCAAGCCUCAAGAUCUUCCAAGGAAGGCGGCCUACAAGGUAGACGCGCUGGAGGGUCUGGAGCACGAGCCGCUGCCGGUAUCGGACAGCCCAAAGUACAGGAUCGUGCUCGAUGGUGAAGUUUGCGCUAUGGUGGGCGGGAAGGAAGACUUCACUGCCUCCGUAUCUCAGAUCCGACGACAGGCGACUAUGGAGCAGCCGACCUACCUCGUCUUCGACGCACUGACUUGGCACGAGUUCUCCUCUGCCACAGGCUCCAGGCCACUCAGCGACCGGCUUUCCGACGUACGUGCCCUUGAGUCUGCCCUCUCGUCUCCGCGGUUCAGCGCCAUCAAGCAAGAGCGCGUGCGAGACGAUGCACACCUCGCAACACUGGUGGCUGAGGCAGCAGACCGCGGCUGGGAGGGCCUAAUCCUGCGCUCGGAUGUCGGCUAUCGUGGGAAGCGCACCGGCGACAUCCGCAAGCUGAAGGCGUGGGCUGAGGCGGAGUUCACGGUCAUCUCUCGGGCCGUUGGAAGGAUCGCACUCGCGGGCCGUGUACAGAAGGCGUGCACAUCGCUCACCGUCGAUCACCGUGGCCACCCCGUCAGCGUUGGCAGUGGACUGAGCACAGCGCAGCGGUUGCGCUUCGUUGAUAAGGCCGAGAUCGUCGGCAAACAGGUCACAGUGCAGUACUUCGAGGAGACGGAGAAGAGUCUGCGCUUCCCAACUGUCAAGCGAGUAUGGGAUGGCGAGAGGGACGUGUAG